CUCUAAUCCUGAGCCAAGUGUGUGUUUUUGGGGAGUCCCCCUCCCCCCUUCCACACCCCUCCCUAGGAAGAAACAACAACAAAAAGUCCAGCUUGGGACUUUGUGUGGCUGCUGCUUCUCGCUUCUCUGCCGAAGGCUUGUUCCAGGCAAGAGCCGUUUGAAUGUACAACAUGAUGGAAACCGAGCUGAAGCCUCCCGCCCCCCAGCAAACUUCGGGGGGAGGCACGGGCAACUCCAACUCGGCCGCCAACAACCAGAAGAACAGCCCGGACCGGGUCAAGAGACCCAUGAACGCUUUCAUGGUGUGGUCCCGGGGCCAGCGGCGGAAGAUGGCCCAAGAGAACCCCAAGAUGCACAACUCCGAGAUCAGCAAGCGGCUCGGGGCGGAGUGGAAACUUUUAUCCGAGGCGGAGAAGAGACCUUUCAUUGACGAAGCCAAGCGGCUCCGAGCCCUGCAUAUGAAGGAACACCCGGAUUAUAAAUACCGACCCCGGAGGAAAACCAAGACCCUCAUGAAGAAGGAUAAGUACACGUUGCCCGGGGGCUUGCUGGCCCCGGGCACCAAUACCAUGACCACUGGGGUAGGGGUUGGGGCCACCUUGGGAGCUGGGGUGAACCAGAGGAUGGACAGUUAUGCUCACAUGAACGGCUGGACCAACGGAGGCUAUGGGAUGAUGCAAGACCAGCUCGGCUACCCACAGCACCCGGGGUUGAACGCUCACAACGCGGCUCAGAUGCAGCCCAUGCACCGCUACGACGUGAGCGCCCUGCAGUACAACUCCAUGACCAGCUCGCAGACUUAUAUGAACGGAUCGCCCACCUACAGCAUGUCUUACUCCCAGCAAGGGACCCCGGGGAUGGCCCUGGGAUCCAUGGGCUCGGUGGUCAAGACGGAGUCCAGCUCGAGUCCCCCUGUAGUCACUUCUUCUUCCCAUUCAAGGGCUCCAUGCCAAGCUGGGGACCUUCGGGACAUGAUCAGCAUGUAUCUACCAGGUGCUGAAGUACCAGAACCAGCUGCCCCAAGCAGACUUCAUAUGUCCCAACACUACCAGAGUGCACCUGUUCCUGGUACAGCCAUUAAUGGCACACUUCCUCUAUCACAUAUGUAA